UGAUAUAUAUACUUACAUAUAUUUAGGUAUCAGAUUUAAGUAAGAUGUGUAUAAAUUGUGUAGAAGCAGCAUUUCCUGAAAGAGGAAAAACUUGUUUAGAUGGUGGUUCUUAUCUUCUUAAUUUUAAAGGUUGCUUUGAAUGUGGAAAACGUGAAAUGGUUCAAGUUGUUGAAAAGAAAUACAAGUCAGAUAGUGAAGACAAAGAAACUGUGAAGUAUUCACAUCAAUGUUUCUGUGGUCAUUAUAUUGCUGGCCAUAAGUAUAAAUUUGAAGUGACACCAAAUUUUGAACAAGAAUAUGAAAUGAAUUGCCUACUUUGUGGAGUUGGAGAGAACACUGUUGAAGCUUUCCAACCAAAGCAAUGUGACAAUUUAUAAAUUUAACUUUUUUCUCAUAAUUUUGUGUUUAUCUUAAUUGUUUAGCUUUGGAAAGGUUCGAAAUUUUUUUAUCAAAAUUUUAUUUGCUUA